CACACCACUCCAUUGCUAUUGCUCUGUACUUUUGAUUCCUUACGGUGAAAGAGGGAGCGCGUGGAAUAUCAUGGCCGACGGUAGUAACACGGUCGCGUGCGGAAUAAGUAAAGAGAUUAUGCUGUUUGGUGUUAGGGUUGUGCUUGACCCUAUGAGAAAGAGCGUGAGUUUGAACAACUUGUCUGAUUAUGAGCAGACGAAGGAGAUCCUAAAGAUCGGUGGCGAGGAUGGAGAUGGACAAGAUAUGAACAAAACCAACUCCUGUUACGCUUCCGCGGAUGAAGCUGUUCCGGUUUCUUCUAACCGUGAGAGGAAACGAGGAGUUCCAUGGAGUGAGGAAGAGCACAAGCUGUUCUUGCUUGGUCUGGAGAAAGUAGGAAAAGGAAAUUGGAAAGGAAUAUCUAAAAACUUUGUCAAGACCAGAACGUCUACUCAAGUAGCUAGUCAUGCUCAGAAAUACUUUCUCCGGCGAAGUAAUCUCAACCGUCGCCGCCGGAGAAGAUCUAGCCUUUUUGACAUGACAACUCCUACGGUCAUGCCCAUGGAAGAAGUGCAGGAGAACUCAUCACAACCAUCUUCUCUUGUACCAGAAGUUAACCUGGUCCCAUUUACUUCGCAAGCUUGGUCUGAACCGAUCUCUCUCAGCCUCUCACUAGCCAUAUCUAAUAUAAAUGAGCCAUCAUCUUCUUAUUCAAGGCAUUCAGCAUUCAACACCAUUGGAGUCGCUUAAUGCAAAUCCCAAAAGGUGAAUCUGCAACACACACACACACACAUCUUGUUUGUUUCUCUCUUGUACAGAUAGGACUUGACUAUGUUAUAUUUUAAUCAAAUUUACGUAUUUGGCUGAAAAGAUGUGUAGUGAAGAAGAAUAAUAGACAUAGGAGUUUGAAGAAUUGUAAGUGUGUUUGUAGGGUUUCCACCACCUUCAUCUUUUCUGUUUUUUUUUUCCUUACAUGUUUGGAAGUUGUUGUAAUACUAUCUGGUAUGGUUUGUUUCAUUCAUGUUCUCUCAGUCAAAAUCAUAGUCUUAGUUGCU